AGUAUCUGAUCACGCAAUCACAGAAUGGUAAGAAUGUAGCAGCAGAUCAAAGCAGAAGAUUCCCUCCGCCGAUGAGAUCCCGCAUUCCGAGAGAGAGGCGGAUGGAGAGCGCGCAUUAUCGAUCUCUCUCUGUAGCUCCUCCUGCUGCUGAUCACACUCAAUGUACGGUCAUGUGAAAGCCGCUAUAUAAACCUCCAGCUCAUCUGUCCGAGGACACCGACACUGCUUCAGGACACUUGAAGACUCUUUCGGCGCAGCUGUCAUAAUGUCUCACGGAUGGGGAUACGCAGACCAUAACGGACCCGAGAAAUGGUGUGAAAACUUCCCCGUUGCUAAUGGACCUCGCCAGUCUCCAAUAGACAUUCAACCCAGUGGAGCAUCUUUUGAUGAAUCACUGAAACCGCUUAAACUGCAGUACGACCCCUCCACUUCACUGGACAUCCUGAAUAAUGGACACUCCUUCCAAGUGACCUUCGCCGAUGAUGACGACAGCUCAACUCUGACGGAAGGCCCGAUCUCAGGCAAAUACAGACUCAAGCAGUUCCACUUCCACUGGGGAGCCAGUGAUGACAAGGGCUCCGAGCACACAGUCGAAGGGAAAUGCUACCCAGCCGAGCUCCAUCUGGUCCACUGGAACACAGAAUAUCCCAGCUUUGGGGAAGCAGCCAGUAAGCCUGAUGGUCUUGCUGUGGUUGGAGUUUUUCUAGAGAUUGGUGCAGCCAAUUCUAAUAUUCAGAAGCUUCUGGAUGCUAUGGAUGCAAUCAAGUGCAAGGGAAUGCAGACCUCAUUCACAAACUUUGACCCAACCAUCCUGCUCCCAGAGUCUCUGGAUUACUGGACUUACCUGGGGUCUCUGACCACCCCUCCUCUGCUCGAGAGCGUCACAUGGAUCGUCUGCAAGCAGUCAGUCAGCGUCAGCUCAGAGCAGAUGAAGAAAUUCCGAUCUCUGCUUUUUACAGCAGAGGAUGAGGAGGCCUGCUGCAUGGUGAACAAUUAUCGCCCCCCUCAACCUCUGAAAGAUCGUGAGGUCCGUGCAUCUUUCAAAUAAAAGACCCCCCGGAACCCUCUUCCUCCCCUUCCCUCCCUUCUUUAGCAUGAUAUGCAAGUGUGGGGCCCCCUGGUCAAGGGCCUCAAAGCACCUUCACCCUCCAUGCAGUGAUGCUGGGCAACCUGCCAGCUGUCCAGCAGACCAGAUGUGCUGUUUGGAGAGUAAAGAGGCUAUGCAGGGAAUCAUGUGUUUGUACUGUCCCUCUCUCUUUCUUUCUCCUUCUUCAUUCAUUAGUGCAAAUGCUUGAAUUAUUUGGAUUUAGUAUAUGGUGCCAAUUUUGUAUGAUGCUCUGAUUUACAUGUGAUGCAUAGACAGACGAGAGAAGUAAUAUAUACAUGGGGUAUUUAGUAUGUAAAUUGAGUAUUUAAGUAUAUUUGUAUUGCUGUAGAGCAGAGAUGCCCAAAUCUGGGCCAAGUUGGCCCGUGAUGACCUUUGAUUUGGUCCGUCAUAUUAUAUUUACAUUUAUGCAUUUAGCAGAUGCUUUUAUCAAAAAUGACUUAUAUUUCAUUGAUGGUAUACAUUUUUUAUUAGUUCAUGCAUUCCUUUUUGCACUGAAAAAAAAAAAACAUUUAAAUAAAUAAAUAAAUAAAACAUUUAAAAAUGUAAAAUUUUUGUUUAUUAAAUCAAUUUUAAUAUAAUAUACACUGUUAAAAUUGUAUAAAAUAAAACAAAUGAUUGCUUAUAUUAAUCAAAUAAAUUCUUAAAUUUUUUAAACAAAACAAGAUUAAAUAAAACAAAAUUUAAAAAAAUAUAUAUAUUAUCAGAGUACAGAAAAUACAAUUUAUUUUCUUUCUACUACAAAAUUUGAAAUCGAAUUCAAUGUGUUACUUGCAACUUAUUCUAAUUAUUUGUGAAAUUUACCAGCAAUAUCAGAGCAAAAACUGUUUCUACACCAAAUUUUUUUUCAGAGUAGAUGGAUACAAUGCAGCAUUUACUUUUGGCUAACAGCCCUCAAUCAAGUUUGAUUUCUGGUCCUUUGUAUAAAAGUUUGGGUACCUCUGCUCUAUAAACUAGACCAGCAUCUCAGAUUAAAAUGCAAAGGUAUGGCAGAUCGGCAGAUUCCCCCGAACAGAUGCCAUCUGUGCUGCUGUCCUUCCCUGCCAGGCUGUAAUCUCUGGCUGUCUCAGCAGUGCUGCAGCUUAACGAAACCCAAUGCACACUGCUAUCAGGCUGCAAGAUCUAGAAAAUCCUCUAUGGUAAAUGAACACACGUGGCAAAACGUCCAUGUCGGCACGCAGGGAAAUCAUGCACAAAAUCUAGCACAUACUGUACAAUCAGAGCAGUUUUGAUUUGAAGUAUUUGUGCCUCAGAUAGUAAUUGCAUUUUCCUGUGUGUUCCUGAAAGAUGUCAUUUUUAACAAUUAAUAUGCACAAGAUUUCAGUUUAAAAGCAGUAGCAAUAAUUGCAUGAAACCCCUAUGUAAUUCCUUAAUGUGCCGUUUCUUGUUCUAUGCUUUAAUCUUGGACUUUGAGUAAUUCGUCUCUUCAACUGUAUUGCAUAGCGAUGCACAAGCAACACAGUGAGUCUUAGAAGCCAACAUGCCAAUAGACAAAUCUUGCAGGUUAUGCAAGGAAGUCAACAUCAGCUCUUCUAAAGAACUGGGACCAGGGCUCAUGUCUUGUGUUAUGUGUUUGUAAAGUCAGCAGGUUUUAAAUAUAUUGUGUAGUGUGUUAUUGAACGUACUUUACUUGAAUUCGAGGGCAAUUUGUUAAGCAAUAUUGUUCAGCCAUACUCUGUUCUGCUAUUUUCAAAGAGGAUAUUUUAAGUAAAGAUAUUUUAUGCUUAU